CUGGGUGGCACAAGGCCUGACGUCAUGAAUCACCACCAGUACGACGAACCCUCGUCCUCGUCGGCACCACCACCACCUUACUCCGUCUCCGCUCCGGGCUCCGGCUCCUUCACCGGCUCCUUUGACGGGUCCGUAUCGUCUUCCCUCCACCCGCCAGCUCCGACAUCCAGCCAUGGAGCAUCCGGCUUGACCCCGGAAAAGGCCUCACACAAUUCCCCUUAUGGAGGCGUUCUGGAUUCCAAGCGGCAUAUGGCCGACCCUAGGUCCUCGUCGGCUCAGUCGCUUGCUCCAUCCAUCAAUGACCGUGAUAACGAUGCCCGCCGGACUCUCUUGAUCAUUUACGUCCAUGGCUUCUACGGCAACGAGUCAUCUUUCAGGUCUUUCCCUGCACAUGUUCACAACUAUCUGAAGGACGCGCUCGCCGAAACCCAUGCCGUUCACUCCAAGAUCUACCCCAGAUACAAGACUUACAAGGCCAUUGACGUGGCUCGCGAUAACUUUAGUCAGUGGCUAGAGCCUCACGAGUCGGAUAAGACCGAUGUGGUUCUGGUCGGACACUCAAUGGGUGGCAUUCUUGCUGGUGAGGUGGCUCUGAUGCCUAAUCGGCAUCCAUACAGGCGCCAGCCUUUCAAGCAUCGCAUCCUCGGAACCAUCUCACUCGACUCGCCUUUUCUCGGCCUUCAUCCGGGCAUUGUCGUCGCUGGAAUUGCAAGCCUAUUUCGCCCGGCUUCGCCAACGGAAGAGGCCCAUGACCAGCUUGAUGCGUCUGCAGCUCACCUGAGCCCUGGCAACUCGGCCUUCAACAGUCCUAACCCGUCCAUGUCCAACCUGGAAUCGACACCUUCUCUCGGCGAACAACUAUCCCCGCAGCCAAGCGUCGCACCCUCUAUUGCCUCUUCAAACGAUGCACCUCCAAACACCGAUCCUUGGUUCAACCCCCCUUUCUGGAACGAUUCCAAGUUCAAGGACCGUUCUUUCAUGAAGAGACUGGGUCAUUUCGCAAAGAAGCAUAGAGCUGAAGGCGUGUGGGAUGCCACCAAGAACCACGUUAUGUCGCACCUUGAAUAUGGUGGUUGCUUGGCUGACUAUCCUGGCCUGAAUGCCCGAUACAACAAGCUUCGCGCGCUGGAGGAUGUCGAUCCUCUACAACACCUGAAGGGGAACAAUCAGGGGAGCAACCCUAACCAGUCAGCUUCUGCGAGAGUUCGUUUCGUCAACUACUAUACUCUCAGCUCGGGAAGACCGAAGAAGCCAAAGUCUCCAAAGUCUCCAGAGUCGCCGAGAUCUCCAGACCAGGAUCUUCCUACGGGACCAAUGAGCACGCUAGACAUCAACUCUCAGCUGUCUCCCCAUGGGUCUUCGACACCACGCAUCUCAGUUGAGGGCUCGGACAACGAGGAAGUCGAGAUACUUAGUUCUAUCGAGGCUGUGGACCGAAAGCUGUCGACGCUCCACGAAGAAAGACAAGCAGAAUCUGAUAAUGCGAAAAAGGCUCAGAUUUCAGGCACUCUGGAGCAACAAUCCGAUACAAAGGGCAAGGGGAAAGAACCCAAAGGCAAAGAAAAGGAAGUAUUGGAUCACGAGGAAGCGACCGAUGGACCAUCCGAGGACAAAGGCAAAGAGGACAAGCCCGCCUCUGAAGAAGAGACAACCCCGGAAAGCGCUCCAAGUCCGGAUACUCCUGCCGACAUGGAACUUCCGCCGAUCCCUGAUCUCCCAGAGCAACCGACGCCCCCCGAUCUCGACAAGUACACCGACAAAGACGCACGCAAGCAGGCCGAAAAGGAGGGAAAGCGAGCGCAAAAAGCCUACGAACAAGCGGUCAAGAGUCGCGACAAGGCGAUUAAAGAGCGUCAGAAACUCGUCGAGAAGCGCCGUAAGAAAGCCGAGAAGGAGGCUCUCAAGGAGGCCCAGCAGUUGGAGAAGGAGCAGAAAAAGAAGCGGCAAGAAGAGGAAGCCGAUCAGAAAAAGACGCGGGAGGAGUUGCAGAGAGACGUCGAGGCAGCCCAGAGACGGGCAGAGGCCGCUCAGAGAGAGCUGGAAGCCGCUCAAAGACAGGCCGAGGCCGUCCAGAGAGACACGGAUGCGGCCCAAAGACAACAGCCGGCCCACAAACCGAAGCCAGUCGGAAAGCCAGCUGAACCGGAGGCCGAUGAGUAUGAAGAGCCCGAGGAGGACACGGGACCUCUCACGCAAGUCGAGCCGAGACCGAUAUCACAGGACGGACCACCAGCUCCGGCCCCAGCCCCUGCGGCACCUCCGCAGCCGAAAUCAGCGCCUCCUCUACCCCCGCGAAUGCCGUCAACCUCGGCGAGUUCCCUCGCGACCGGACCGGCUUCGUCAGCGGCAUCCAUCGCCACGGCGCAGACCGGCACGCCUGGAACGAAGGCGCCGCCUGCCGGGCCGCAGAAGCCCAAGAAGGAGCGCAAGUUCUGCACCCUGCCGCGAAAGGCCAACGGCAGACGCGACGAGGCGUGGGUACCCAUCUACAUGGAGGGCAUGGACGAGGUCGGCGCCCACUGCGGCCUGUUCGUGCCGGGGCCGCACUACGACCGGCUGAUCGGGGACGUGGGCGAGCGCAUCUUGGGCUGGGUGCAGGACGACAUGACGGCGAGGGCCAUUUUGGAAAUGUCCUAG